AUGUCCAUCAUCGAGUCCACAAGGCUGCGACCAGCCCACCAACAAACACCGACAUCAACCCCAUUAUCCAUCCUCGACGCGACGGUCGCGCGCUUCUCUCCAACAGGAGCAAUUUGGAUUUUCGAUCAAUCUACAGACUUGGAUGAGACUACGCUGAUCGAUAAUCUACGAACCUCUUUCACUGAAACUCUAUCAAAAUUCCCCCAAUGGGCAGGCCAACUCCAAUGGGCACCCGUCAACCCCAAAGGAAACCACACGGAGCGAUUUAAUCGUCCAAUGAUUGUCUACGGGACUGAUAGUGACCCAGGCGUUGAAUGGACAGUAAUUAACCAUCCCCUCCGAACAGAUGAAAUUGUCCCCACAGCAGAGGAACGCGCUUCAUCAACCACCGGUUCUCAACCGGGAGCAUGGGCAGGCGAUGACUUCAAACAAAGUCUCUUCAUAUCAUCCAACCCACUGGCAUUAGCCAAUCUGCGCGACUAUGACGGUCUGCCCGGGAUGCAAGUCCAAAUCAGUCUUCUCCAGGAAGGAGGCUACGCCAUCGGAAUCAAGCUCGCGCACUGUCUAGCGGACGCACAAUCCCUAAUGGUAUUCGUGCAUUUAUGGGCAUAUAACAGCAAAAAGCAAUUUGGAAACCCGCCCGGAUCCCCGCUGAUGGGCGAGCCCGUAUUUGAUCCCGCGUUGCUGGACAACUGCGCCGCGGGCGAUAUCGAUAGCCCCGAGCCAAACCAAACCCUCGUACACACAGCGCGCGAAUUGCCCCUGCAUCGGUAUAGCUGGUGGGAUUCCACUGAUGAGGGUUACCCGUCAUUCCUAAUACCGACGACAGAGAACUCCAAGCCGCCGCCUUCAGAACUCGACCACAAACGAGUGUCGCCCUCAGAACCAGCGCCUUGGCUUUCAUGGGAUUUUUCCAAAGCAGUUAAAUACACACAGUUACACUUCACAGGUGCGGAGCUAAGAAAACUCCAAGCUGCGGCUCUGGAGACGCCAGGGUGUCGACGGGAUAUCUCUAGACUGGAUGCUCUACUCGCACACCUGUGGGAAUCCAUUACGCGAGCACGUGGGUACGCCGAUUCUUCAAAACCGGUAUAUAUGAAUCUGAGUCUCGGCGUGCGGCCGCGUGUUUCGCCCGCUCUCCCUGAUACAUUCGUCGGAUCGCCGCUGUUCUUAACCUAUGUCGGUGGACCCGCUUGCUCGGUAUGCCAAGAAUCAUUGAGUGAGACAGCGAGUCGGAUCCGAGAGACAAUGAAGGGAUUUACGGCCGAUGCUGUGGGUGCGAUGCUGCAUGAUGCUGCACAUGAGGUGUCGCCACAGCGGCUGUGGCAGGCCUUCCUGGGUUCUGAGCAUACGCUUGUUACAUCGUGGUUGCGGCUGCAGUUGUACGAUGUAGAUUUUGUGGGCGGGACUAAGCCACGCUAUGUGCAUGCUAUUAUGCCUAUGAUGGAUGGUUGUAUUCAGGUGAUGGAUAGUGGGGUCCAGGAUGGGGGCAUGGAUGUUGCGCUUUAUCUUGAUGAGGUCGCCACGGGGCGGUUGCUUGAUGACCGUUCUUGA